CUCUUUCUCUUUCUCUUUCACUCACACACACACUCUCUCUCUUUUAUAUAUAUAUACAUAUUUUAUAUAGUAGAUAAAUGCAAACAAAUCGUGUUCGGAUUAUUCGGUUAUUAUUCAUUGUUCUUGCUAUAUUUUGCUUUUUCUUUUUAUUUCAUUAUUUAUUAGAUAUUCAACAACAAAAUGCAAUUCAAAAAGAACGAGAACUAGAAGAAGCAAGAAUAGCACUUCAGAAAGAAAAAGAGCAAGAAGAGAAAUUAUUAAUGGAGUUAAAAAGAGAAAGAUUGCAAAGGAUUUUAGAUAAUCGAUCUGUUUUAGAGCCAAAAUUGACACUUGAUGACACUGUAAAUCAAGAAUUACUUGACAAGUAUUAUAUUGCUGUACCAUCUACUUUAGAGCCUUGGACAGAGGACACACUUCAAUUCUUAAAGUCACCUAUUGGACAGAAUAUAAAGUCAGACUUAUUAACGAUUCCAGAAAUUAUACCAAAUUUUAAAACACUUACAACUCAGGAACGUACCUUUAAAGCACUCUUUGAAUACUUGGAUCCUUUAAUUGCUGAAGACGGAAUAGAUGUUGUUAGUGAAAGAUAUAAGGAAACAUGGCAAUUAUAUAAUCGAUUAGAACAAAUCCUUUUCCCCUGGAUCCGACCUUAUUGGAAGAAUGUGUUUGAGAUGAAUAAACCGUCUAAUAGAAAUAGUCGAGGUAUUGUCAUGUGUGUAAGCGAUGACCAUCUUCGACACGCUCGUGUUUCAAUUCCAGCUAUUCGAAAUAUUCUCAAGUCAGAUAUGCCUAUUGAACUAUUUUAUAUUGAUGAAUCAGAUCUAUCUAAAGAAAAUAGAGCCUUCUUUGAAUCCUUCCCUAAUGUAACCACCAUCAAUAUCUCAAAGCGAAUUAAUAAUAAAUAUACUCAAUUUAAUGGAUGGGAAAUUAAACCUUAUGCCAUCUUAGCUAGUAGUUUUGAAGAAGUCUUGAUCAUGGAUGCUGAUGUCUUUAUGUUUAAAAAGCCAGAAACAUUCUUUGAAGACAAAGGUUAUGAGGCUACGGGGGCUUUAUUCUUCUUUGAUCGUACUUUAUUUAAUGACUUUCAACAAGGUCGUAUCUGGCUUCGAUCUUUCUUACCUACUUAUAGUUCCUUUGUGGAGCAAUCGAGAUGGUGGAAGACAACCUCUGCUCAUGAACAAGAAUCUGGAAUUGUCGUGAUAAACAAACGAAAGGCUUUAUUUGGAUUAUUAGCUACUUGUAAAAUGAAUGAUAAAAAUGAAAGGGACCAUGUCUCCUAUCAGCAUGUUCAUGGAGAUAAAGAGACAUUUUGGAUUGGAUUUGAAAUGAUUCAGUCACCUUAUGCAUUUGUCAAAUCGGUGGGUGCUGUCAUUGGUGGUUUAGGUGAUGCUGGUGCAGAAGGUACAGUGUGUGGUAAUCUGCUUCACUUGGACACAGAAAAUCAACCCUGGUGGUGGAAUGGAGGCGUCUUUAGAAAUAAAAAUAAAUGGGAAAAUAGAUACUUGAAGUUUACUCAUUUUGCUCAAGGUGAAGAUUGGCAAUUUGAAACGUCAUGUAUUAAAAAUAAGGAUAAGAUUCAAGAAUUAAAUAGUAAAGAAAGAGAAUAUGGGAAACAAUUAAUUGAAUUAGAUAAAAAGAACAAUAGAACGUAAUCAGUAUAUAGUUCCUUUUUUUUUUUAUUAA